GCGCUCCCUCCGCGCCCGCGCCGCGCCCGCACCCGCGGGGCUCCGCCGGGGGCUGCGCGCUUCGCCGGUCCCUUUCCUCUGCCUUUUUGUUAUUUUUUCUGCCUUGACUUGUAACCCCCGACUCUUCGCAGAUGUUAGUGCACAGUUUUUCGGCUAUGGAGCGCCACGACAGUACCAGCAACGGGACAGCCCGGUUACCCCAGUUGGGGACCGUGGGUCAGUCUCCCUACACCAGCGCCCCACCGCUCUCCCACACCCCCAACGCCGACUUCCAGCCCCCUUACUUCCCCCCCCCUUACCAGCCCAUCUACCCCCAGUCUCAGGACCCCUACUCCCACGUGAACGACCCGUACAGCCUCAACCCCCUCCAUGCCCAGCCACAGCCCCAGCACCCAGGAUGGCCGGGACAGAGGCAGAGCCAGGAGACGGGGCUGCUCCACACGCACCGGGGUUUGCCCCACCAGCUCUCGGGGCUCGACCCGCGCAGGGACUACCGGCGGCACGACGACCUGCUGCACGCCCCGCACGGGCUGGGCUCGGGGCUGGCCGACCUGCCCCUCCACUCCAUCCCCCACGCUAUCGAGGACGUGCCGCACGUAGAAGACCCCGGUAUUAACAUCCCAGAUCAAACUGUAAUUAAGAAAGGCCCCGUGUCCCUCUCCAAGUCUAACAACAACGCCGUCUCCUCCAUCCCCAUCAACAAGGACGCGCUCUUCGGCGGGGUGGUGAACCCCAACGAGGUCUUCUGCUCGGUGCCGGGCCGCCUCUCGCUGCUCAGCUCCACCUCCAAGUACAAGGUCACGGUGGCGGAAGUGCAGAGACGCCUGUCGCCGCCCGAGUGCCUCAACGCCUCCCUGCUGGGCGGAGUGCUCCGGAGGGCAAAGUCUAAAAACGGAGGGAGAUCUCUGAGGGAGAAACUGGACAAAAUAGGACUAAACCUGCCAGCCGGGAGGCGUAAAGCUGCUAACGUUACCUUGCUCACAUCGCUCGUGGAGGGAGAAGCAGUACAUCUAGCUAGAGAUUUUGGGUACGUUUGUGAGACAGAAUUUCCUGCCAAAGCAGUAGCUGAAUUUCUCAACCGACAACAUUCCGAUCCAAACGAGCAAGUCACAAGAAAAAACAUGCUUCUAGCUACAAAACAGAUCUGUAAAGAGUUCACCGACCUGCUGGCUCAGGACCGAUCUCCCCUGGGGAACUCACGGCCCAACCCCAUUUUGGAACCGGGCAUCCAGAGCUGCCUGACCCACUUCAACCUCAUCUCGCACGGCUUUGGGAGCCCGGCGGUGUGUGCUGCCGUCACCGCCCUGCAGAACUAUCUCACCGAGGCGCUCAAGGCCAUGGACAAAAUGUACCUCAGCAACAACCCCAACAGCCACACAGACAACAGCACCAAAAGCGGCGACAAAGAGGAGAAGCACCGAAAGUGAGGAUUCCCCCCACACAUGCUCCUCUCCCUUCCCCCUCAUAGCCCAUCGAUCGAUCCAUUCAUCUCCCUCCUCCCUCUCCCCGGCACCCAGCACCCCAGGCUACAGCAACAGAAUGAGCGUCCUUCUGCCAGUCCUGUUCUCUGACUCUGCAGGACUGCUCUGCCCUCUCUCCACACCCCUUCCCAGCAUCCACAUUUCCAUUUGCUCCUGCUUAAAUUCCCCCCUCUUCCCACUGCCACCAUCGUUUUACCCCAGUUUGGAGCCUAAGAGAACAGAACAGGGGGACGGAGCCAGCAAAGAAAAAAAGUUCUGUCUUGAGUUUGUGAACUUUUUUUUAAAUAAAACAAAAGGAGAAAAAAACCCAACAAAAAAUAAAACAAAAAAGAAAAGGACUUUUUUUUUCUAAAAAUAUAUUAAAAAAUUAAAAAAAAAAAACAAACAAAAAGAAAUAAAUGAUACUUAAAAAUUCUAUGAGCUUCACCGGACUGAAUCACCACCUUCCCUUACAUAAACUUCAGUUAAGAUUGUAGCCAUACUAAAAAUGAAAAAAAAAAGUGAAAAAGUACAACAGCAACAGCAGACAGACAAAAGACAAAGAGGACUGAUGACAUUUUAUCAGUAUUGUGAAUAAACUUGAACACAAAACACAAGCGGUUCCAUGUCAUAUCUUCAGUUGUAGAACUUUUUCCUGUCCAAGGUAAAGCGACCAACUUGAACUUUCUAUUGCAACACGAUUCACGGUUAUUAUAUAAGGGAAUCAGUGUUCAUGUAUGUAUAUAUUUAUUUAUGUGUAAUUUAAUGGGAAUUGUAAAUAUGGUGAGUCUGUUUUAAGCCUUUUUUUAUUUAUCUGGUGAUCUCGUUUACCUCUUGUUUAGUGGGUUUUAAAUCUUCCCCUCUUAGUUCAUCAUGUGGUUCAUGGUACUUAUUUAGAUAUCAGAGGUUUUUUGGGGGUUUUUCUCUGGGAUUCAUCAUUUUUAGCCCUAUUGUAGCAUGUUAAAAGCGACAAUGAAGCAGCUGAACAAAUAAAAAAACAUUAAUUUUUAUAUAUAAUUAGUAUGACAUUUAGUUUCUCAUUGAAGAUAAAAUAAAGUGAUGUUGGACCCUGGCAAGGUUUUUAAACAUGUUAGUGGUUUUACAACCCUUAUGUGUUGUGGAAAAUGAAAAAGUUAUUUUCAUCCACUGUCCUUCUCCCGAAAGCACCAACAAAGCAAUAAAUUAAUAAUGUCUUUUAAAACAAGAUUUAGCUUUACUUUCCUUUUUUUUUUCCCUUUUUUUUUUCUCCCUUUCUUUAGUUUUUAUUUUUAUCUUUUUUCUUUUUUUCCCAAAGAACUCCAAACAUUCGGGACCACCUGGUAUCCUGUAUUUCCACUGGCCAUAUUGGAAGCAGUUAUAGUUGUGUUGUAUUGAGUUGUGCCGGCAGUAGUUUCCAUGCCUAUCAAUGUAUCAUAGUCCUUUGUUGCCCAGAUAAAUAAAUAUUUGAUACGCUUUA